GUGGCCUCUCGCGGACUCUGUGUACAAAUGCAGCAGCGUCCCCAAGCGUGGCUGGUUGCCCCAGCGUCCGACCUGGCCGAGGGUGCAGCUUGCCGCUUGCCGCCUCCGGGAACCAACAGCUCCCCCACACUUUCGACCUUCGAGUCUCCAGCCAUCCGCGCGCGCAGGCUCCUGCUGCCCUCCGCGCUGCCCCCGCGCUGCCUCUGCGCCGCCUCUGCGCUGCCCGCCUCUCCCCCGCCGCGCCCGACUGGUGCAGUGGCCGCCGCUGAGCGCGCGAACCCCCGACGCGCCGUCCGCGGCUGCAUCACCACCACCGCCUCCACCUCCCUACCACCCCAUCCGCCGCCGCCAUGGUGCCCGACGCCCUGUAUGACAAGGCGCGGCCCAUCCUGCAAGACGACGCCCUGGACGACGAGGACAAGACGGACCGCCUGGAGGAGCUGCUGCGCAAGGAGACGGGCCUGACGGGCAAGUCGCUGGAGAACGUCGUGCUGGACUGCCUCUGGCGCUACCGUGACGCCGGCAGCUCGUCGAGCUCGCCGCCGCCCAGCCGCCACACCAUCAUCCGCCGGCCGUCGCCCGCCCCGUGGCAGCAGAACCGCGCCCCGACCCCCGUCAGCCAGUCGCCGCGCCUCGUCAACCCGCCGCCCGGCUUCGGCAUCGCCCCGCCUGCCUUCAACCGUGCAAAGUCGCACACGGGCACCGCCUCGCCCUUCACCUCGCCGCGUCCGUCGCCGCGCCUGGCCUUUGCCACGCCGCACAUCCCCCACAGCCCCAGCCUCAGCGCAUACCAGUUCAGCGAGGGCGCCAGCCCCAACCACGAGUACGGCGACCUCGACAGCCACUCGGUCGACUGGCUGGUCAAUGACGACUCCGGCAGCACCGAGUCGUCGCUGCUGGGCGACGGCACCCUGAAUGGCGCCGCCGCCGAGUGGGUCCAGCCCCAGGCCAUGGACAUGGGCCCAUAUGACAUGCUGCGCUCCGUGCUGGGCAACGAGCGCUCCGACGAGGAGAUCGAGGUCGCCCUGGAAGCCAAUGCCUACGACCUGACCGCCGCCCUGCUGGCCCUGAUGGUCGCCCAGAACGGCCAGGCCGCCGUCGCCACUACGCCCAUGGGCAGCGAGUCGGGCUAUCUGAUCGGGAAGUCAAUGAGCCCAGCCUACCGGCCGGCUACCCCUGUCGGACAGCAGAAGAGCAACAUUGUGUGCAAGUACUUCCUAUCGACCGGGCACUGUGCCCGGGCGGAUUGUAGAUUCAGCCAUGACACCACCAAGACGCUGUGCAAGUACUUCCUCAACGGCAACUGUCUCGCCGGCGACACCUGCUUGUUCUCGCACGAUCCCUCGGCCAUGAUGGCUCGCAUGGCUAUUUCAGACGUCUCGACACCGCCUCUCCAGGCCGCUGUGCCCAACUUCCACAUGUCCGACUUUGACAUGUUCCCUUCUCUCCAAGGAGCCGACUCUCCGUACGGCGCCCCGCAGCCUUCGUUGGAGCAGCUCUACGGACUGACAGGCAGCGGCCACACCCGGCCUCCACCUGGCCUCAGCCCCUUUCCAGUCUUCACUCCUGGAGCUGGCAGUCGUCCUCAGUCGCGGACUGGCAGCCGUCAAGUCUCUCGUGCCACAACGCCGUCCGUGCUCGCCGUCGACGACAACGAUGCCUUCCCGAGUCUUGGCUCGGCCGCUGCUGCAAAGACCGGCAAGCGACACCACGGAAAGCGAGGUGGCCACGGCCACAAGGAUGUUCUGGCCUCGAGUAAUCUGUCGGACGUCGUGCGCAUGUCGCCAGCACCAGCGUCGCCUGUUCCAGCGCGCAAGGGCCUCAGGACUGCUAAGAGCUUUACUGGAUCCCGCGAGAACAGCGCUGCCGCCCAGGCCAUCCCUGCACCACAGCACAUUCCGUGGCUCGAGACGGGCGAGAAGGGGAAUCAGGCGUAUCUGAAGGCUCGCGCAGAGGCUUUUAAGCAUGGCAGUCUGCGGAAUAAGUUCUUGCAGAGUGCCGCACAAGCUUGGAAUCGCAGCGAUUCCCGCGCCGCCAAAGCCCUCAGUCUGAGGGGGCAGAGCGAGAACAACCUGAUGCGUGAAGCUCAUCGCGAGGCUGCGCGCAUUCUCUAUGAAGAGCGCAAUAAACGCAACGACGACUCGAAGGAGUUGUAUGUUGAUUUACAUGGACUCCAUCCGGAUGAAUCUGUAUCCUAUCUCGAAGGCAUCCUCGUCAAACACAGCGCUUCCUCGCGCCCCGUCUAUGCCAUCACCGGCACCGGCCAUCACUCCAAGAACGGCAAGGACAAGGUCGGCAAAGCCAUCCGCGGCUUUCUAAACGAGUGGCGCUACGCGUUCCGCGAGUUCUCUGUGCCUGGCGACCGCAACAACGUCGGCGGCAUCCUCGGCAUCGACCCCAGCAGCUACGACAAGAGCGUUGCCGAGCGGCCGAAGGACGGCGAGGAGGUCGAGGACAGCAAGAAGGAUGGCAAGAUAAGAAUCAUGAAGAGAGACGAGGUCUUAGACGUGCCCAAGGGGCCGAAACGUGCCGUGUGACUGGUCAAUGUCGAGCUGCAGCCAGCCAAAUAGUAAAAUAAGGUAGCCUCAAUAAGAAAGGUCCAAUCUACA